UGUCUCCUACCGGCUUGCUGCUUGUUCCUCCUCUGAUUCACUACUUUUUCAUUCUGAAACGAGGCCCCGGCAGGGAGUGGGCAUGCAAGAUGGCGGCUCGGUGGGGAGCAGCCGAGGAGACGAUAUUAACAGCGUGCAAUAUGGAUUUCUUCCAACUGGAAACACUAGGCGAGGCUGCAGGGCUCAUCUCCGAAGAAAACCUCCAAAGCUGCGUAGACCCCUCCCUCCUUUCCAUCUUUGAAGACGUGCCGACAUUAGAGACUAAAGGCUUGGACGAAGACAGCGAGGCCACGCUGCUGACCGCUUUGACGGAGAUACUUGACAAUGUGGGCGACGAGAACCUGUCGCCGUUCGACACGCUGCCCGACUCGGACCUGCUGUCCAAGGGCAGGGAGCACUCACCGCUCAGGAGGGUGCUCUGUCUGUCCCGUUCGCCCCAGAAAGACUCGCUGUGUGGCACCAGGCCUCUAUCAGCUGGCAAGAGCCUGUCCAGGAUGCUGGCGACCUCUGUCCAGAGGAGCGACGGGGAGGAAGAGGAGGACGGCUCCUUCACCCAGAGCCCCGACAGGCACGAGUCUCCUCCGGGCGUUCCCGGCUGGGAAGGUCUGCAGCUGCCCCUCCCCGUCAUGCUGGAGCACGAGGGGGAAGACGGUCUGUCGGUGAGCCUGGGGGAUUUGGUCAGGCACAUGCACCCGUACUGUAUGGGCAUCUCUGUGGAGAACGAGGAGGGGGAGCAGAUGCUGCCCGAAGGGGGCAUACUGCUGGAGGUCGUGGACCAGGGGGAGAACGGAGAGCCCAUCCUCGCCAUCCCGAACAUGGAUCUCUCCUACGCUCUUCAUCCGCCACCUCCGGAGCACGAGGGGAAAGAAGCAGCAGAAGGGGAGCUAUCUGACAGUUCUGAGCACAUAGUAGUCGACGACGAAGACGACGUUCCCGUCGCAGGAAACUGCAACGCUUCCAUUACACCAGCGACACGGUCAGAAGAGAAAGACGCAAAGGUUGGUGUUAGGAGUAAAAAGGAGAGAAAAACAACAAGCCCUUCAAGGAGGAAGAAGAAAGACGACAAGAAGAAGAAGCAGCAGCCGCCUGAGCUUGUCGAAAGGAGGGUCCUCAGGAGCGGUGCUGUGAGGAAGGUGGAAGCGGAUUGUCAAAAGAAGCCGGAGAAGGUUCCUGUCAAGGAGAAGGUGCAGAAAAGCCAAAAGGGUUCUUCUACCGCUGCUCGGCCGCUUCUAAAGCCCGAAGUGAAGCGGUGCAAACCCAAGAAGGAAGACGCCGCUGCGGCCCAGCUUCCCAAAAAGAACGAGAGGUUCGUCCCGCCGGCGUUACCCAAACCGAGUCCAGCCGCGGCAGCCGACGAGGGCAAGCCCAAAAGUUCGGCCUCAGCCGUGAGCCCCCAGCAGCCCGGUGAGGCGCCAAGUAAGCCGGCCCCAGAGGAAGAGCCGGAAAGCCCACCGGCCGCUCCCUCCGUUUCCCUCCCGGGUGGUGCUGUGGUUGCUGCGGCUCCAGAUGUUACCCCGGCUCCAGAUGUUACCCCGCCCAUCAGCAUUACCCCUGCAGCCCCGGAGCCCAAGCCCAAGUCCCUCAGCCUGGCGGAGUACAGGCGACUCCGGCAGCAGAAAAAGCCCGCUCCGGUGGAGAAACAAGACGCGAGCGUCACCAAGUGGCCCAGCCUUCCAGAGCUGCCAAAAGAGCUUCCCCCUAUACCCCACCUGCCUGACCCCAACCCCAGAGACCCCAGGCGUGCCAGCCCCCAGGCGGCAAAGAAAGAAGCGGAGGAGAUCAAACCUGCCUGGCAGCCGAGGGGGCCGUGUGCACCCCCCACCCCCGAGGCCCUACUGCAGCCCCCGGCCUACAUGAUCUCGUCGUCCAGCAAAGCUUCAGCCGCUGUUCCCGCCUCUAAGCCCCAGCAAACACAGGACUCUUCCAAACUACCCCCAAAGCCCCCAGCUGCUUCCCCCGACUCAGCAAAGAUUUCAGCCGCACAUCCACAGCCCGCCGCCGAGCCUACAGAACCGCGUGUGCCUCAGAGCUCUGCUCCUCCCGCAUCCAUAAAGCCUUCAGUCCCAGUGGCGUCUUCUGCACACGGGGUGUGUUGCCCCCCUGAUCCAGGAAGGAAGGUUGAAGCCCAACCCAUCGAUCCAAAGUCUAUCCAGGACACUAGAAUCUGCCCAGAAACCACUACAGAUGUACACAAACCCACUGCUGCUUCUGGAUCGCUCCCCGGUCCAGCUGUUGUUCCCCAGAAGACGCCUGUGGUCCCUGUGCCUACCUCAAUAGGUGAUCCGCUCCCAUCCUGUACAAAGUCCCCCGAGCUCACAGCCAAAGAACAAAGAAUCCGACUAUGCGCCGCCUUCUCUUUGGCGUCCCACGGCCGCACAAACCCUCCUGCUGUGGUUGAAUCUAAACAGAGCCCUACAGCCACCAAACUCCAGCGGGCAAAGAGUGGCACGCAGGAGCUGAUAGAGUCGUUUACUAGAGAAAUGGGUAUUGAAGCUGCCGAUCUGACCAGCUUACUGGAGCAAUUUGAGAAGACCCAAGCAAAACAGGAGAAAUGUGUGCCGGAGGUCUCUGGUAGAGCAGCAGCUGUAGGAAACUCGAGAACUGCGUUGGUUCAGCAGAAAGCUGUCACGGCGAGUGUAAGAGCUGCUGAUGCCUCACAUGCUGCAGCUCUGGUUCCCAAAGCUGCUCCUCCCACCCAGAUGUGGAAACCUCUGACCCCUUUGGCUCUUGUGGGAAAGACCAAUCCCUGUGAAGCUUCCAAGCCCAGCCCCUCCAAGGUGAUCCAGAUAGACGCCCAGCCUCUGCCCUUAGUCAGGGUCCGUAGUAAAGCCACUCCUGCCGCCGCCCCCGUCUCCCUGGACCUGGCUUGCAUGGAUCACGACUACUGCCUCGUCAGUAAAAGCGCGGCGCCAGGCGAGGCAGGCAAGCACCGGAACGUCAAGCAGCAAUCCGGCGUCACCAUUAAGCCCCUCAAGCAGCACCCUCUGAGCCCGACGCCUCCAGCUCCCUCGGCAGCAUCUCCCCGGUCUGCUGCAGAUCCUGCGAUCCCGUUCAAAGCCCAGACCGUUGCGGCCGAGAAGAAGGGCGAAGACGAGCCGGCGGAAGGCGCUGCCACGGAGACUCCUGGUGCUUCUCCAUCCCGGCAGGAGUGUGCAGCAAGCCCCAGGAGAGGGCCGGCAGGGAGGUCCUACCGUCGAUGCGUCGCUUCUCGAUCCCCCAGUCCCAGAUGCAGCCCCGAGGAAAGAACCCGGGGGCGGUCAAGAAAAAGAUUUUACCGCUCCCCCAGCCCGACGUCCAGCUGCUCAGACUCCUACUCCUCUAGAUCUCGGUCCAGGUCCAAAUCGCCAGCAAAGAAAAGGUAUCGGCACCGCAACUCCGACAGCAGCCGCAGCUCCUCGUCCCGAUCCUCCCCGCGCUCGUCUCCAUCUUUGUCCCGGUCUCCACCGAGGAGGAGGAGGUACUCCUAUUCCUCGUCUCGCUCUGGGUCCUGGAGCCGUUCUAGGUCGCGGUCUCUGUCCCCUGAAAGACGAGCUCAGUGGAGUAGAAGCAGGGGGCUGCACAGCCCCUCAUACGGGCCUAGAAACCUUAACGGCACGCGGGUGAACCUGGAGGAGACGAAGAGGCGCAAGGAGAAAGCCAUUGAGGAAAGGCGGGUUGUUUAUGUUGGCAGAAUUCGGGCAAGCAUGACCCUAAGAGAGCUCAGGGAGCGCUUUUCUUAUUUUGGUGAAAUUGAGGAAUGUACCCUGCACUUUAGAGAACAUGGGGACAACUAUGGGUUUGUGACCUAUUACAACACCAAGGAUGCGUUUACAGCCAUUGAAAACGGCAGCAAGCUGCGCAAGCCUGACGAGCUUCCCUUUGAUCUCUGUUUUGGUGGGAGGAGACAGUUCUGUCGGUCCAGCUAUGCUGACUUGGAUUCAAGUAGAGAGUAUGAGCCGUUGCCUACAAAAAGCAAUCAUGCACUAGACUUCGACACUUUACUGAAGCAGGCUCAGCAGAAUCUGAAGAGGUAACAGGAGGUCUGCACCAGGAAGCCGCAUACCUCAGUCGACCGGUGGCUCUGCACCUGCAACAAUGUUUUUACCAUUUGGUUGUUUCUCCAAGCUAACACCUUCUAUUGAAGUGAGAAUUUUUAAUGAAACUUUAAAAAGAAGUUAAAAAAAAAAACAGUGGGAAAAGAUUUCUUUUUUUAAGUUUAUUUAAAUGUACGAUGAAAUUUAAAUUGUAUGGAGUUGAAUAAUUCUAAAGGUUAGAAAAUGAGAAGAGCUUCCUUAUUUUUUUGAAGAGCAUGUAAUGCGUUUACAUGUAAUACGAGCUUGAAUAAAAAAGCAAAACAAA